AUGGAGUUGUUACCAUCAGGACAAGUCAACACGUCCACAGAGGUGACAUAUGAAGAUCAAUUAAAAAUCAAUAAAUUCUCCACUUUAAUAUCUAAAAAAGAUGAACAAACUCAGGAGCUAUCCACGUUGAAAACAGAAAAGGAAUACCUUGAUGAUUUAUCCAUUGAAUUAGAAUUGAUUGAUGACGAAGAGAAAAUACAAUACAGAAUCGGUGAUUGUUUUGUAUUCUUACCUAAAGACCAGGUGUUACAGAAGAUAGAAUCAGAUGCUAAUAGUUUGGAGGAAAAGAUAAAUAGUAUUGAAGAACUAAUUGAUGGGUUUGAUGAAGAGUUGAAAGAUUUAAAGGCUCAAUUGUAUGACAAGUUUGGUAACAAUAUAAAUUUGGAACGAUAA